CGAGGAGACGUUAUCAAGUCGUCAGCUCUCCGAGUCAGGCAGGUCAGGGUAGCGUUUGUUGGUCUCGUCUUCCUACAAACUACUAAACUGCUUCGUACAUACGGAUACAUGUAUGUAUGUGAGCCCGGGCCAUGUUGUAGUUAUGAGGACGGCCUGUAACGAGUAAUCGGCACCCACCCACCCAUUCAUUCACUUCCUUUCCAUUGUUCUCUCUCACGAACCUUUCCCCCCCUCUCCUCUUCACCCGGAACUGCGCACCGUGCCUCGGGACAGCAGCAGCCAUGCGCCCCCAGACGGAUCGCGAAGAAUCGUCAAUCGAGGUGGAGAGGGACGCUCCUGACGAUAUCAUGGACGACAACGGCCACCAGACCGCGUCUUCCAGCGAUGAGACGCCCCUCCUGCACAAUACCGACCUGCCGCCGGACGUCGCGCCAGACAAAAAGUUCCGGCGGCUGGUCGUGGCCAUGUGCACCAUCCUCCUCUUCAUCAUCGAGGUCAGCGUCUUCAUCAUGGAGCCGCCGAAGCAGCAAAUCAUGGAAGACAUCAUCUGCCGGGACCGGUACCCGGACCACAUCUUGCGCAUGCCCCGCGUCGAGGACGACCGGUGCAAGAACACGGACGUGCAGCAGACCUUGGCCAUGGUGCGGUCCUGGUCCGCGUCCGCCGAGAUGCUUAUUCCCCUUCUCGUACAGGUCCCGUACGGAAUCGUCGCGGACAAGUAUGGACGGAGAACCGUGCUCUUCUUGUCUCUCUUUGGUUGCGUGCUUCAGACCGCGUGGGUCAUGAUCGUUUUGUUUCUCCCCAACGUCUUCUCCAUCUGGGCGAUGCUCUACGGUAACAUGGCCUACCUUAUCGGCGGCGGAGGACAGAUGGCCGGCGCCAUGGUGUGGACGAUCCUGGCCGACGCCGUCCCCGUCGAGGAGCGCACCGACAUCUUCUUCCGUCUGAACGCCCUCACGCUCGUGCUCGCCGUCCUCAUCAACCCGAUUGCGGCGAUGCUGCUCAACAUCGACCCUUGGAUCGCCAUGUGGCUCGGCUUCGUCAUCCUCGCGCUCGGAUCCUUCUCGUCUCUUCUGGUCCCAGAGACGCUCCGCCUGCGGCAGAUGGCGGACAGCAAGCGACACGCGCGAAGCCGCAGUCGGAGCAUCGGCCGGCGUCACGAGGCGGUCAACGUCAAGAGGAACAAGCUGCAGCAGACGUGGUUUGCCGUCAGAAACGACAUGGGUCACAUCUGGCGCUUCAUCUUCGCGUCCAAGAGCAUCAUGAUGUUGAUUGUGGCAUACGGCCUCUUCUUCCCGGUCAAGAUCAACCUGACGUUGAACCUGUUGCAGUACAUGACCAAGCGCUUCAACUGGAAGUGGUCAACGGCCACUCUCAUCUCGACCAUUGGGAACCUGGCGUCGGUUGUCGCGCUCCUCAUCGUCCUGCCGCUCGCCUCGUCCUUCCUCACCAAGCGUUGGGGAUACGACGCUCUACGCCGGGACCUGUUCCUCAGCCGCGUGACCGUCGUGCUCGUCAUGCUAGGCGGGUUCAUGCUCGCCUUCGCCGCGGUUCCGUGGCUGCUCGUGUCGUCGCUCAUCGUCACCAGCAUGGGCAUCGGGUUCACGGUGCUCUGCCGGGCGCUGCUCAAUGCCGUCGUCGAGCCGCACACGGUGGCGACGCUCAACACCACCAUCUCCACCAUGGAGACGCUCAUGGGGCUCGUCGGCGCGCCGGCGCUGGGCUGGCUGAUGAGCCGCGGCAUGGAGCUCGGAGAGCCGUGGCUGGGGCUGCCGUACCUGGUGACGGCAAUAUGCUCCGUGCUCGUGCUGGUGGCCGUCUUUGCGUUUAGGAUCCCGGCAGGCUUUGCGCAGGCGCCGCUGUGAUGACCGGGACGGUAAUUUAUUGGUUGUAUUAUGUUUGCAGGGAGUUUAUGAUCCAUGACGAUUGUUGGUUGGGGGUUUGUUGUGACUUUGUAUAGACAGCUUCUUACCUGGAUGAUGUUACGUAUAUUGAACGCAUCACAGGCUCACAGUUCACGGCGGACGCGCGCCGGAGAGCAAGCAGAGAGACGGUUAGGGUGGAUCACGCCCAUGUACUUCGUACACUUUGGACGUAGUAGUAGAGCAGGUGAGAACGCAAAAGGAG